AUGGAAUGCACAGGACAAAAUUCCCCACUGGGGAACUUCACUACAUUGGUGGAAUUCAUCCUGAUUGGGUUUUCUGAUGUUCCCAACCUUCAAGGAUUUCUUUUUGGUCUAAUUUUUAUAAUCUAUGUAUUUAUUCUUAUGGGAAAUAGUCUCAUUAUCAUGAUAACUAAGGUUGAUCCUUCCCUACAGACCCCCAUGUAUUUCUUCCUUAGGAAUUUUUCUUUUUUGGAAAUUUGUUAUGUGUCAGUUACUGUUCCCAGAUUAUUAACAGAUCUCUGUAGACACUAUGGAAAAAUUCCCUUUCUGGCCUGUGCUAUUCAAAUGUUUUUCUUUCAGAUCUUUGUAGAUACUGAGUGUUUUAUUCUCACUGCCAUGGCUUAUGACAGGUAUGUUGCCAUUUGCAACCCAUUACUCUACCCUGUCAUCAUGAACAAUAGGCUGUCUGUUCAACUGGCAGUUGCCUGCUGGACCAUUGCUAUUCCAAUACACAUAGGGUUCAUCUCUGUGGUCUUCUCUUCACCCUUCUGUGGAUGUAACCAGUUGAAUCACUUUUUCUGUGAUUCACCUCCAGUCAUACAGCUUAUUUGUGGGGAUGCCGUCAUGGUUGAAAUGCUAAGUUAUGUGCUUGCUGCAUUAGUUGGCAGUAUACUUUCUUUUCUGAUACUUGGAUCUUAUGUGAAAAUAAUCUCCACCAUCCUGAAGCUGCCAUCAGCAACUGGGAGAGCCAAGGCCUUCUCGACUUGUUGUUCCCAUCUCACAGUUGUGACUUUAUUCUUUUUAUCAGGCAUCAUUGUGUAUAUGAAACCCAAGUCCAGCCACUCAACAGGAGUAGACAAAUUCCUCUCUCUUUUUUAUACCAUCUUCAUACCAAUGUUAAACCCCAUUAUUUAUUGUCUGCGAAACAAAGAUGUUAUGGUGGCGUUGGAGAAAUUCCUACAAAAAUGUAUUGUGCUGUGA